UUGAAGUCAUCAACAUGGCUUCUAUGUUUGGUAAGAGAGUUAAAAGAGAUGCAUCAUAAAGUUAAGAUGCCAACUCAGAACGCUCUCACAUACAUAAGCAACAUAAAAAAAGAUGGUAGCAAUGCUCUUUUACAUUUUUUUAAGGUUUAUUUUCCAUUACAAGUUGCAAAUUAUAUAUAUAUAUAUUAUGUCAUCAGAGACAAAUGCUUUAUUUCCUUUGUUUCUACCAACAAAUAUGGAACCUUGCACCUUAAGAUAUCAACUCUUCUAUCUAUCUAAAGUCUUAACCGCUAAAAAGAAAAGAAAACUACCCUCUUCAUAAUUUGUUUGUCUAAAAAAUGUUGACGUGGAUAUUGAAUCUUUGUAUAGCAACUUUUUUCAAAAAGAAAAGAAAGCAGACAAUACAUGUUGUCAAUACUAACAAUAUCAUGGUUGAUGAUCCUAGUCUGAGUCAUACAACACAAGGAUCAAUAUUGAAUUCAAAGAUUUCAAUCCUUUAAAUACCUCUUUGGAUUACAAGGGACUCAUCAAACCAGCCCAAGUGAACAUAUCUUCAUUCCUCCAUCAUCUAGUAUCUUAAUCACCAACUGCUAAAAUGUCAAAGAAGAUGCAGACCUCAUCAUCACUUCUUCAAGACUUGUUCAUUGGAAAUCCAAUCAUCUCAGCAGCAUGUGAUCAGCUUCAGAAAUCAGUUAACAGAUACUAUUUGCUAGACUCUUCCUCUACUCAAUCCCAAUAUUCAACAAAAGCAUCAAAGCAAAGCAGAGUAUAUUCAAUUCUAAACAAACUUAGAAGGAAGGGUGAUGAUAGUCUUUCACGAGGAGUCCAAGAACAUGUGAGAAUGGCACCAAAGAUAUCUGAAAGUCUUAAGGGGAAGUUGAGCUUAGGGGCUAGAAUUCUUCAACUUGGUGGAAUAGACAAAGUGUUUAAGCAAUUCUUCAAUGUCAGAGAAGGCGAGACACUUCUAAAAGCUUCGCCAUGCUAUCUUUCGACGACAUCAGGGCCUCUAGCAGGUCUGCUGUUCAUCUCAAGUGACAGGGUAGCAUUCUGCAGUGAGAGAUCAAUCAGAGUGUUUACAGGGAAAGGCCAAAUGAUGAGGAUUCAUUACAAAGUUUCCAUUCCACUCAAAAAGAUCAAGUGUGUAAACCAAAGAGAAAAUGUUGAGAAGCCAAAACACAAGUAUAUAGAGAUAGUUACAAUGGAUAACUUUGAUUUUUGGUUGAUGGGAGUCAUAAAGUAUCAAAAAACUUUGACAUGUCUUGAGCAUGCCAUUUCUCAAGCUUAAGAACAAUUUAUGUCUAGCUGAAGAAGCUACCUUUGAGUAAAUUAGGAUGAAGAAACAUGUAUAUAUAAUUAUAAGCAUGUAAAUGCUGAAAUGAUGAUUUGUUGAUUUGCAAAUCAAAUAUUUUGUUUGGAUUAAUUUGA